AUGGCGCCAGGUACUGGGUACUGGGGAAAGCAGACGGCAACAGUCGAUUGGUGCGAGGAAAAUUACGUGGUCAGCUAUUAUAUUGCUGAAUUCUGGAACACGCUGUCUAAUGUAGCUAUUAUAUUGUCUCCCCUUUUGAUGCUCAUCGUUGGAUAUAAACAACAGCACGAGAAACGGUUCAUCUACAGUUUUCUUGCAAUUACAGUUGUUGGCAUCGGCUCCUUGUUCUUUCACAUGACACUACAGUAUAGCAUGCAGCUGAUGGAUGAGCUACCAAUGCUUUGGGCAAGUGCAUGCUUUAUAUAUGUAGCUUUGAUGACCAAGAGUAAAUAUAAUGAGGACAAUAGCCUUCUUCAGAUUGCUCUGUUUAUUACCUGUGUGAUUAUUACUGUGAUGUACAUUUUGGUUGAAUUUCCAGAGUUUCUACAGGUAUCCUAUGGACUUCUAAAUGUUACAGCUAUUGUGACGCAGUUAAAGCUCAUGAUGACUGUGGAAUGUAAGAAGAGAUAUUUCAUCUUGGGUCUAGCAUUCUACCUAGUUGGUUUCUGCCUCUGGAAUGUUGACAACAUAUACUGCCAUCACCUUAGAUCUAUACGACUACACACUAUGGCCAACUCAGCAGGCAUUCUGUUUCAGUGCCAUGCCUGGUGGCAUAUUUUGUCUGGUUUUGGAGCUUAUCUGGGACUUCUGUUUGCGUAA